AUGAACAAGCUGCAUAUGGGUCCGUCUCCAGCCGUUUCCAGGUAUCAUCAACAGCAUCGUUUUCACAUUCAAAAUGACACACCAAAUCUCUGGGAUCACGAUUUCCCUCAUCCAGGCUACCUCAUCACAACCUCUGGAUACCAAAUGCAGGUGAAACAAUCAGUUCGUGACGACCAGCAUACAAACGAACAAGACAAAAUCUACACAAGGGUCGACUUAAAUGAUUACUCCAAAGACCCCGAUUUUGUCAAUUUUCAAGAGCGUACUCACACCAUAGAAAGCACUGAAGAUGAAGUAGUACCGAACGACAAGUACAAGGACAAACUUGGUCGACCACCUAUGGUCCCGCUGUGCUGGUUUUAA